AUGUCCUGUACAGAAUGGAAACGCGAGCCAACGAUUCUAGACGUGUUUUUCGGGUUCCUGUUGCCCUAUCGACCGCCACGCAGCGCGCUGGGCGCGUUCGUCUGGCGGCGACGCAUGUGGCUCGAGACGACCUUCGCGCUGUCGAUGAUGGAGCCCUGGGAGAAGGUGCUUGUUGCCUGCUUCUUCUGGACGCUGUUCGCGCUCCUCACUGCCGGGAUCUACCUCUACCUUCCUGACCACAUCUCCUACGUGUACGGACGCACGAAAUACUACCUGCUGGGACGCGAGCUGGGGGUCACGUCGGCCCUCAGCUGGAGCUCACGAUGGGCUGCGGCCGGGAACGUCACGCCUCCUCUAGGAUACGUGCUCGACGUACGUGACGCGCUGUGA